GCUUGAGCGUCUUUGACACAAUGACUAGGGAAAGUAAAAGCGCAGUUUGCAAAGAAGUCACGUCCACCCCUCCCUCUGCCCCUCUGUCCCUCUGUCACUCUCUCCUUUCUCUCUCCCUCUCUCUUCUCUCCAUCUCGCCUCUGUCUCUGAUUGGUUUUCUCCAAAGAUAGGGCCUAAUUGGAGAACAUUUGAUAUGCUCAAUGUCAUGGACAGGAAUGAGGUACCACCGGCGUCUGCUGCCACCAUGAAAAAGAAGGCGGUGGGAGGCAGUGGAUGCAGCCAUAUCAGCGCACCGAAGGCUGCUGCGUCCAAAUGCACAAGAAGCAACAGCACCCAGAACUGUCUGGAGUCCGGUUCUUCCGGCGCACCGAGCGGUAAGCAGCCCGGUGCGGCCAGCAACGUCGUGAUGGACGAAACGGAGGACGGAGAAGAGGAGUCCAAGUUUCAGCAUCCGCGGUUGCGCCGAGCCGGGGGGAGCGGCAGCGGCGGAGGUGGAGGAGGAGGAGGCGGCGGCAGUAUCAGGAUGAAGAACUUUACGCCAGGAGGGGGAGCCGCGUCCUCGGGUUCCAGGAGAAACUCAAACAAGGAGCCCUGCCACACGCACACAGAGGACGCUCCUGCCGCUCCACGGCCCACUGCUGCCUCCAGACCUACCGAGACCCAGACACCCUGUCCGGGCGAUGCUGCCCAGCGCGGCGAGACCAGCAGAGCAUCUGGGGCGGAGGCGUCGGUAUCAGCGGUCGCGGUAGAGGUUUUAAACGCGACAGCGGGUGAUGGUCGCAAAAGCGUCGCUCCAAUUUCCAGCAUGAAAUGCAACAAAAACGGAGAAUGCAGGAGGGACUCGGGUACCGGGAGCCUGCGCUCAAUCAUCUCCAAGCAGGAGAAGCAGACAGGAGGGUCGGGGAGGGCCGAGGACGGAGGGAGCGCCAAGCGAGGAGCACGUAACUCGACCACCGCCAGCAUGGACGGCUCGAUCACACCAGGCGGGUCCAUGUCCGGGGGGCACGGAGGAGAGAGCGCAAACCCCGGCACUACCCCCGUGUCAAGCGGUGUUCCCGAGAAAAAGGACUCCAGGGUGUCCUUCUCUAACGCACCAAGCCGGAAAGCCUCGUCCUCGCUGCACGGCCCGACUCAGACUCAGACCCAGCAGCCCAGGAACUCUGUCACUUUCCUGAAGUCGGAGGAUGGACCGCCAAUUGUGCCGGCCGAGGAUGCGGAGCCUCGGGGCAGCCAAACCACCUUCAUGCAGCGGCAGUUUAGUAAUAUGCUGCAGCCCGGAGUUAACAAAUUCUCUUUACGCAUGUAUGGUAGUCAAAAAGCAGUUGAGAGAGAGCAGGAGAGGGUAAAAUCAGCUGGAAAUUGGAUUAUCCACCCUUACAGCGAUUUCAGGUUCUACUGGGAUUUCACAAUGCUACUGUUUAUGGUGGGCAACCUGAUCAUCAUCCCCGUGGGCAUCACCUUCUUUAAGGAGGAGACCACUACGCCCUGGAUCAUCUUCAACGUGGUCUCCGACACCUUCUUCCUCAUGGACCUGGUGCUCAACUUUCGCACUGGAAUCAUCAUUGAGGACAACUCAGACAUCAUUUUGGACCCUAAAACUAUUAAGAAAAAGUACUUAAAAACGUGGUUCAUUGUGGACUUUGUCUCCUCCAUCCCAGUGGAUUACAUAUUCCUCAUAGUGGAGAAAGGGAUCGAUUCGGAGGUGUACAAGACUGCUCGGGCCCUGCGGAUUGUCCGCUUUACCAAGAUCCUAAGUCUUCUGAGGCUGUUGAGGCUCUCCAGAUUAAUACGCUACAUUCACCAAUGGGAAGAGAUCUUCCAUAUGACCUAUGACCUGGCUAGUGCAGUGAUGCGGAUCUUUAACUUGAUUGGUAUGAUGCUGCUGCUGUGUCACUGGGACGGCUGCCUACAGUUCCUGGUUCCCAUGCUGCAGGACUUCCCCUCAGACUGCUGGGUGUCCCUCAACAAGAUGGAGAAUGAUACCUGGUCAGAGCUGUACUCCUUUGCUGUAUUCAAAGCAAUGAGCCACAUGCUGUGCAUAGGUUAUGGCCGGCAGGCCCCGGAGAGUCUCUCAGAUAUCUGGCUCACCAUGCUGAGUAUGAUUGUAGGAGCCACUUGCUAUGCUGUCUUUAUUGGCCAUGCAACAGCUCUUAUCCAGUCCCUGGACUCCUCCAGACGGCAGUAUCAGGAAAAGUACAAACAAGUGGAGCAGUAUAUGUCCUUCCACAAGCUGCCGUCUGACUUCCGACAGAAAAUCCAUGACUACUAUGAGCACAGAUACCAAGGCAAGAUGUUUGAUGAGGAGAGCAUUUUGGGAGAACUCAGCGAGCCCCUCAGAGAGGAAAUUGUAAACUUCAACUGUCGCAAACUGGUGGCAUCCAUGCCGCUGUUUGCCAACGCAGAGCCAAACUUUGUGACGGCCAUGUUGACCAAGCUGCGUUUUGAGGUAUUCCAGCCGCAUGAUUACAUCAUAAGGGAAGGCACCAUUGGUAAGAAAAUGUACUUCAUCCAGCACGGAGUCUGCAGCGUCAUCACUAAGGGCACUCUGGCGAUGAAGCUUUCUGACGGCUCUUAUUUUGGAGAGAUCUGUUUAUUGACGAGGGGUCGGCGAACAGCCAGCGUGCGAGCAGAGACUUACUGUCGACUCUACUCUCUGUCUGUUGACCACUUCAAUGAGGUGCUGGAAGAAUAUCCCAUGAUGAGACGCGCCUUCGAGACUGUUGCCAUCGACCGUCUAGACCGUAUUGGUAAAAAGAACUCCAUCCUGUUGCACAAGGUUCAGCAUGAUCUCAACUCUGGUGUCUUCAACAACCAGGAGAACGAGAUGAUCCAAGAGAUUGUCAAGUACGACCGUGAGAUGGUGAAGCUAGUGGACCUGCAGCGGCCGCGGGCCAUGUCUAUGACCCCUUCCAUCGGCGGUAUCUUUGCUCCCCCCGGCCAGCCGCAGUCAGGCUCUGCUAUUGCCACUCUUCAACAGGCUGUGGCCAUGAGCUUUUGUCCUCAAAUGGCGAGUCCCCUGGUGGGUCCAGGGACUCUGCAGUCUCCUCGUAUGGUGCGAAGGUUCCAUGUGAUGCAGAGCCUGGCCAGCCCAGUCUCCAUGUCUCCUCUUCAGUCUCAACCCCCUCAGGCGUUCGGAGGGGCGUUUGGAUCUGCAAUCUCCAGCCCGCCUGUCCAAAGCCCGCUCGCAGCUUCAGGACGGACUUUCCAAUACAUGGCGAACGCAGGACCCUCUGGAUCCCAGUUGUCCCUAGUACAGCACCAUGCACCCAGCCCCACACAGACCCAGCAGAGGCCUGCCUCACACAAGAGCACCCACUCCCUUCAUACAGGUAGCUUGAGCCAGGAUACCCGGGCCCUGUCUGCCUCCCAGCUUUCACUCCCCCAGGAGGGAACACCACAAGCUGCCUCUGCAGCCCCUAGCCCCCCACCAUCCACCCGCACAUCCAACAACUCCAUCGGUCCCCCUCAGCCCUCUCACCCCAGCCUGCCAGGGCCCUCGGGAGUUGGGAGAUCGGUAGGAGCUCAACAAAGGGUGGCCUUUGCCUCCACACCCCCUCCCGGCGGACCUGCUGGAAUGGGGGCAGUAGCAGCAGCUGCUGGAUCAGGACCUCCAGACUCUGGAGUUCCCAAGAAAGAUUCAAUUGUCAGCCUUCCAGAGCUAGACUCUGCCAGAUCCCGGCUGUCUUCCAACUUGUGACCCUGGUAGAGUUCAGGAAAGAGGCCUUUUUUGUAGGAGAAUCUGUUUGUUUUGGGUCAGUCCAGCUGAUCUGUCAGCCUGCUAAAUGACCAAUCAGCUACCGCCAGGGCCACCAGUCAUUCGACCUGGAUGCACUGUGUGCUGGUGUCAGCAGAAGGAAAAGAGCAACUCAUAGUCUUGAGACACUUUGGCUAGGAGGAGUCUAUACAAUUAAACUAGUAUAACUUAAGGUUGAACUGGUGUACUGUGCCAGCACCUUUAGUCUUAGUAUCACCCCUUACACUCUGCUUCCAAACACCUACUGUAUAUCGCUGUCUUUACUGUAAAGAUCUGAAGAAAAGUAUGAUUCAUGUAACUAUUGCAUACUGUGUAAAAUCCAUGCAAUGCAAUCUAGCAGGAGCUGGAUUUAAAAAUGAAAAUCAGGGACUUGAGGUCAAAUGACAAUGACAUUUUAAGCGUUCAAAAAGUGUUUUGAGUGUAAUUUUUCCGUAUAAGCUGUCGUAGCAAAAGAACACAUUGCUCUUCAUAUUGUUUAAAAAAAGUAGUAAAAAUAGUGUUUUAGACCGCUGGUCGAUCUUACAUCGAUGUGUAAAUAGUUGAUGAAAAAAGUACGGAGGGAUAUUAUAUUCAUUGUAUCUACCCAAACCAAAGUUGAGCUUGAACACAAAGUGUGGUUGUGUCUGUAUCAACUAAAAAAGAAACAUAGAAGAAAAUGCCAUUUAUUUAACUGCCUUGAUUCAACGUUAGAAGCCAUAUAUUUGGUUUGUGUGUAUGUAUAUAUGUGGGUGUAAGUUUGUGCGCGUGAGUUUGUUGGUACGUUUUGGUUUAUUUUCAGAGAAUGGACUCACACACACUCAACACUUGCUUUGUCAAGCGCGAUUGGUUUGACAUGCUGACAGUGGCACUGACCUGUUUUGAUGAAACAUCUGGGAGGCGGUCAGCUGUUUGGUCAGCGCACUGAUUGUAACGCUGAAUGCAAAGGUGGUUAAAUAGUCUGAGCUUUAUUGAAAGGUAACAUUUGUGAACAACCCAUACUGUAUACUUGCUUGUUUUUGUCUAGGUUUAUUGAUUAACACAUGCAAUAUAAUUCUGCAAUACUCUACCCCGCCUAUAUAUAAAUAUAUAUGAAUAUAAAUAUCUAUACAUAUGCUGUACAGGAAAGUUUUCCUUUUGUUUUCUUUUUAAUGUGAAAUCUUAAAGAAUCCAGCAGCUAUUGUGGCUUCACUUGAAGUAUUGUAAUCCAGUGACCAUGUUGUUACCUUAACCAAAAAUGUUGGGAGGGAAUGAGAGGACGUGCAGUGUCAUUUUCGUAAAAACAGACAGGACAAACUGCUUAAAACUGGUUUGGAGUCCCAGGAGGAAUCCAUGCUUUGAGUUCAGCAAAUCAGAUCCUCCAAAACGUCACUUUAAAGCCCAUUUGAAGAUAUUAAAUUGUAAGAUCACUGGUGAUGGGCAAUAUGGGGCACGGAUGCCUCACGU